AUGGAGGAAACAGUGGACAAAUUAGAAGCAAUGUUUCAAAAGGCAGAUUCAGAUCUAAGUUACCUUUCCAGGAAGUUAGACUUUGAAUAUGGCCAACACGAGUCUGGUGAAGGACAGGUUAAUCCUCAACAAUUGAUGCAGAAGGUGGGUCAGGUAAAGAAAGACUACGCUGCCAUUGUGAAGGAUGUACAGGGAAUACAGCAGGCCCAGCAGGAAGCCAUGGAAUAUUUCCGAGACCAGCUGAGUACUGCUUGCGAGAUGCUGAACACACUUCAGAGUCAGACAGGCAAUCAGGAAAAUGGGGAACCACCAGACUUUGCUGCAUUGGAGAAACUCCUGGGAGUAAAAUUACCUCUGCCAUCUCCUACAUGGGGAGACAACUCUGCAAGAAUGGAGACAACUGUUGAACAUGGCCAUCAAGCUCACAGCAAUGAGCAGCCUGCAGAGGCCUCACAAACAACAGUGGUGGCAGCGAGUGGAGAUACGAAGUACUCCCGUAGCAAAGGAGGAAAAUCAGCUGUGGCGUCUGUGUUUGAACUUUCCCUGUCAGAGCGACGCAAGGACAGCGCAGAGUGUAUCGAGGUGACCCAGGAGGAAUUUGAGUCUGUGUCUAGUUUGGUGCGUGGCAGAGUCAGACUAGUGGAUGUCAAUCACACAUAUCAGAGAUUGUGGCAGCAUUUCAUUGAUGAAGGGAACAGUGAAGACCUUAGCACACAGGACAUGCACAAAAUGGGGUUAAAGGUUACUGGUGCAACAGGAGAGGCAAAGUUAAAGGUUCUAAAGUCUCUAAAAUUAAUAACUAUGACCAAGAAAGGGAAUGUGAACAUGGUAAAAGGAUGAGACUUAAGUGACUUAGCAAGAAGAAAAGUGAAAAAGUAUGACCCUCUGUGAUAGCAGAUGACUGGUACAUGUCCAAGGCAAAGUUCCUUGCUGUAAUGUUCCAUAACUGUUUGAUUCUUGAGUAUGGUGCUGGUGGUCCAGUAAAAUUGGGCAAAAUAUUCAGACGUAACAAUGGGAUUGGCUGAGAGAGAUGAAAGUGGGAGUGACCAUUUCAUUGGCCAGUUAUAAACUGUCCAGUGAUUCUGUACAUAACUGGCACAGAUACAGGUGGCCUUAAAAUUUGGCCAAUUCUUCAAAGAGGAAUUAUCAUAUUUUGGUGGGUGACUACACUAGGGAGAUGAGGAGUGAUGGCUGAACUAAUAAACGAAUGAGACCAACUUCACCCACAAUGGGCUGCUGUACCGGAGUAGCGCCUACCACGACUUUGGAAAUAAUUCCACGGCCUCUGCCCACAGAAACAUUUAUUACCAGGAAAAUGUGAACAGAAUGAAUGGUUCCAGAGGGUUCUUUCAACUUCAGUCACAGAUCUCAAAGACAAUUCACAUUAUUUAAGGCUUCAUAUAAGCACCAGUUUGUGUGGAUUGUAGUUGGAGGCACAUGCUUGUAUUUACUGGAUGUAAAUCAGGUUCAGACUGAGCUGAUGUCCAGACUGCUGGAUUUGGUUGAGGCGUGGGAAGUAGUUUCUACAUAAUGUCAAGCAAAUGUGAGAAAACGGCCAAGGAUUUUUGCGUACUUGGAGAAGAGCAGUGGUUUACUCCGGGCACUCAGGUUUUCUCAACUCAUACUGUCCUUCAAGUGAAACUUUCUUGAGUAUUACAUUAAACACCAAUUAAAUAAAUCAAUGAUUGUAAAUGGUGCCAUGUGAGAUAAAUGUACAGAUACGUCUUUCCAGUGAACAAACAGUCGACCAAUCGUAAUCAAGAUUGCUGCGAAUAGGCGAACCAAAUCUCCCACAUCUUCCUGUGAAGCACGGUCCUGUUUUUAAGACGAAAGAUGGUGGGACCACCUAUGUGUGAUACCUUCAUUAUCUUGGCAUUGGACUGGCUCUUUCAAGCAGUACCGUUUGAAUGAGCAACAAUGUUGGAAGGUUUACGUAGCUAUUCUAUGUAGUAUAUCUGAAGUGCACAGUCAUUAGGUGAUGAUAUUGGUAUGUAUGUAUUAUAAAUCCACUAGGAGAUUUUAUGUCACAUCAACCUGGACAAAGAAUUUUUGAUUUAAUCUGUGCAAUACUGCCUGCUGUUUUUUUUAUUCUGUUUUGAUAAAAGUUUGUAGCAUAAACAUGCAUACAGCAUGGUCAGUUUUUCUCCACAGCCUUUUUGUACACUCAGUGUAUUGUAAAAUACCAGUCAAAUAAAACAGAUACCAAAAUCUAAAUUGUUCUUUGUGGAAUUCCAGUUUUAUGACCAUAGGAUCAUCUAUGAUCCAGUAAGUUAAUUGUUCCUGCACCAGA